AUGACUGCUGGCUCAAUUUGUGUUCCUCAGAUUAUCCCAUUAAGAGUCCCUUGUCCAGGAAAAAACAAACAUGAAAUAACUACUAAUACACUUGUAGGAAUGAAAUCAGAUACCACAGAUGUGAACAUAUAUUAUACCUUGGAUGGAAGCAAACCUGAAUUAGUAAAGAAAAAAGGAUAUGGUGAAAAUAGCACUUUUAAGUAUACAAGACCAAUCACUCUUCCUGAUGGAAAAAUACAGGUUAAAGCUAUGGCAGUCUCUAGCUCUUCUCUGCAUCGUGUAAUCACAGGGCCUGCCCCAUCACUGUCUCAGAGCUCAACCAAGAGCCGAGAAUCAAAGAAUGGCAUUUUUGACUCAAACCGUGAAGGAAGAAAUGUACAUGAUGAAAAUAAACCUGGUCAUAAUGCUGAAAUUAAAAAAUGUCAAGACUUCAAAGGAGGAGAUAGAAAUGAAAACAAAUCUUUAGAGGUUUGUCUAUCCCCAGAAACUCCUAUGGAAACCCCAUCUUGCCAAGAAGAAACAUUUUUUACACAACUCAAGUAUCCCAAGCAAACUAAUUCAUCGUACAUGAAUGGCCAGAAAAAGGUGACCAAUGCCCAGGUCCUGAGAAUUAACAAAGCUACAAACUUUCUCAAGUGUACAAAUUGUUUAACUACUCGCCCAUCUGAUCCUUUUGUUGUUUUUUGUCAAGAAUGUGGUACUGCUAUUCCACCUAUGUUUGGUCAACACAUUCCACCUACAGAAGGAUCUCAGAUGAGAAUAUGUGUUGAAUGCAGAACCAUGGUACCAGUGAACACUCCUAUGUGUAUUGUAUGUGAGGCCCCUUCUGCUCCACAGCCACAGACUCAGGCCAAUAUUCAUUUAAAGGGUAAGGGAAUCUGCCGUUUUUGUGGAACUGGAAACCCUGCUCCCUUUAAGCACUGUGUAACCUGUGAGAGCCUCCUGCCUGAAACAAAUGGGCCAAUAUUCACUGGAGAAACAGCUCCAUCUCUUAUCGAUCAGAAGACAACCACCAUUUCCUGUUCAAAAUGUAGCCGUAGGAAUCGUUGUGAUGCACGUUUUUGUGAUUGGUGUGGAGCUCAGCCUAUUGCAUCAUCUUACUAUUCCACUUGUACUAAAUGCAGAGCCAGCAAUUAUCCAGAUGCUCGAUAUUGUGGCUCUUGUGGUAAUUAUAUGGAGCCUUUCACAAGAGUAAAAUCUAGUAAUAGUGUGACCAUUAGUACUCAAGAAAUGGAUUCUCAUAAUGAGCCUCAAUCGGCAUGGAUACCAGCUUUUAUAUCAAAAUCGAAUAUGCCAACAAAGAAGGACAAAGGCACACAAACCAUUGGCCUAUUUUACCCAUCAAACAAAUUUAUGGCAAAAAAAGACAUGGAGCAUGCUUUGCAAAAAGAAAGGCAGGAGAAAAUGAAUGAUCAUAGGCCUCCGGUCUCAGCCGUCAGCCCUGGAAAAGGAUAUUGGAGGAAACAGCUGGAUCACAUUUUUGCUCAUCUCAGAAGUUAUGCUCAGAACAACCCUAACUUCAGGACGUUAAUUGGAGAACCAAGGAUGGGAAAGCUUCUCUCAGCUACAGUCCAUGAAGAUGGUUAUGCAGUCAGUAUCAGUCUGAAUUUCAUGCAAAUCACAAAGAAUAUUUCCAGCAACAAGCCAGUAAGUCAUGACAGUCCUUUUCACAGCACAGGAACAGAAAUUCUAAAUGGACAAUACAGUAGCCCAGUCUAUGCAGUCAGUGAAAACAACCAAAGGACCUCAGACUCUACAAAGGACAUAAAAAAUAAAAGGAAGAUAAGACCUUUUUCAGGAAAGGAAGACCGGCUUUCACUUGAAAAUAGACAGCUUCUGAAGGAAAUAAAAGAAGGAAGAAUCUUUGUGGUUGAACAAAUGCUUGAUGAAGGAGCUGAUCCCAACUGCACCAAUAAUGAAGACAGACCUUCUUUAACUGUGGCUGUUUUAAAUAAACACCAUGAAGCAAUUCCAAUUCUUUUGCAGAAAGGUGCAGACAUUGACCACCAGUCAGGGCGGCUCAGAAACACAGCUCUUCAUGAAGCAUGUCUUCUGGGGCCAGAGGGAAAGGAAUGCAUAGCAGCCUUAUUGAGAUACAAUGCAAGUAUUCAAAGGAAAAAUGAAGAGGGACAAUCAGCAUAUGAUUUGGCUUUGAAGACUGGGGAUGAUCAGAUUAUCUCACUGUUUGCUGCAAAACUCAGCCAAGGAAUCCUGGACCAACAUACGCAACAUAAGGACAUCAAUCUAGGUGACAUUUGA